GCUGUUUGUCUGCUCAGCCUCGCUCCUGCCGGACACGUCUCACCCCGCCAGGUCUCAGCCACACAGUAAAAUCCAGCAACCAUGCCUUCAGAGUUGGAGAUAGCCAUGGAAUCACUCAUCAAGGUGUUCCACCGUUACGCCUCUAAGGACGGUCGUGAAGGCACACUCAGCCGGCGAGAGCUCAGAGAGCUCAUGGAGAACGAGCUCUCCGGCUUCCUCAGGUCCCAGAAGGAUCCUGCUGCUGUGGACAAGAUCAUGAAGGACCUGGAUGCCAACGGGGACGGCCAGGUGGACUUUGAGGAGUUUGUUUCCCUGGUUGUUGGACUCUCCAUUGCCUGUGAGCAGUGCUAUACGAUGCACAUGAAGAAGUUGGGAAAGAAGUAAAAGACGACAAGGAAAAGGAAAAGACCAGAAAGCAUUUCAGUUUUUGUAACAUUGUUUUGUCCAUUAAAUAUACUGAAUUAGUUCAAACCUCUUGCGUAGUGUGGUGCAUGAUCACCUGGAAGUUUUUAUAUACAGGACUGUCUCCGAAAAUUAGAAUAUUGUGAUAAAGUCCUUUAUUUUCUGUAAUGCAAAAAUGUCAUACAUUCUGGAUUCAUUACAAAUAAACUGGAAUAUUGCAAGCCUUUUAUUAUUUUAAUAUUGCUGAUCAUGGUUUACAGCUUAAGAAAACUCAAAUAUCCUAUCUCAAAAAAUUUGAAUAUUUUGUGAAUCUUAAUCUUAAACUGUAAGACAUAAUCAGCAAUACUACAAUAAUAAAAGGCUUGCAAUAUUUCAGUUGAUUUGUAAUGAAUCCAGAAUGUAUGACAUUUUUUUUUUUUUUUUAAUUGCAUUACACAAAAUAUAAAGAACUUUAUCACAAUAUUCUAAUUUUCUGAGACAGUCCUGUGUAUAUUUUCUCCAAAGUACAUUUUAAACCACCUUUGCCUUGAGAAAAGGUGGUUUAAAAUAGGAAUCUUCAAAUAACUGCACUUUCACCCCUUGGUAAAGCCCAAUCUUGAGCUUCCACUCCCUUGGACACUGUGCCGUGAAUGUGUGGUAAUAUAAUGUACACCAGUAAUUUAUGUCACUCUGAUAAUAAAAUAUCAGGUGAA